ACCCGCAUUACCCGGAUAUGACAACGGCUCUCUCGGUUUGUCCCAUUUUUGAAUUGAAAAAGCGCCCGCUCUUCUCCCACUUUAAAUUCUUUCUCUUUACGUCCCUCUGCCCCACAAGGAGCGUUUGCUUUCUCUCUCUGGAACGUAGAGUCUUAGAGAUAUAGAAGCAUCAAACAUAUAGUCAUAAACUCAAAACAGAGCAAAUCGGAAAUCGGAGAUGGCGACGCAUAUAGGGAUGAUGGAUCCGGCUUAUUUUGUUGGCAGAUCGGAGAUUCUCUCCUGGAUUAACUCCAAUCUCCGACUCAAUCUAUCCAAAGUCGAAGAGGCUUGCUCCGGUGCGGUACAUUGCCAGCUAAUGGACGCGGUUCAUCCAGGAAUUGUUCCUAUGCACAAGGUCAAUUUCGAUGCAAAGAGCGAGUAUGAAAUGAUCCAGAACUACAAGGUUCUUCAAGAUGUCUUCAAUAAACUCAAGAUCACUAAGCACAUUGAAGUCAAUAAGCUUAUAAAGGGAAGACCGCUUGAUAAUCUGGAGUUCAUGCAGUGGAUGAAGCAUUACUGCGAUUCUGUUAAUGGAGGCGUUGUUAAUUACAAUCCAUUGGAAAGGAGAGAGGCAUGCAAGGGAGGGAAAGAAUCUAGCAGGAAAUGUCUACCAUCUCAAUCAUCAGCCAAGAGUUCAACAGCUGCCCCCAAAGCACAGUCUUCCCACAGUGGUAGAAGAAACGACGUGUCCUCUGUGAAUACAAAUCAAUCUGUGAAGAAUUCAAAACCACCACCUCCUAGUUCAGUGCCUCAAUACGAUGAACAGAUCACAGAAUUGAAGCUGUCAGUGGAUAGUCUUGAAAAGGAGAGGGACUUCUACUUUGCAAAGCUGAGAGAUAUUGAGAUUUUGUGCCAGAGUCCUGAGAUCGAAAACCUACCUGUUGUUGCUGCAAUAAAAAGUAUCCUGUAUGCAACAGACGAUAAUGCAUCAGUUGUUGCAGAAGCUCAAGCCAUGAUAUCUCUUCAACAGAAAGAAACAAAGCUUUUAAGUCCGAUAAUGGAGAUCUCAUCAAAAGAAAAGA